GAAGCAAUGUCGUCAAAUUUUGGGUUGGUCCCUAUCAUGGCUGUGGUGGCAAUACAACUCUUCCUUAUACCUAGCGUUUUGUCACUUAACCUUACAAAUGCAUAUUUGCACCACAAAUGUAAUAACACCCAAGGAAAAUAUAGCAAGGGGAGUGCAUUUGAGAAAAAUAUCAACUUAGCCAUCCGUAGCAGCGAUUCAAACAAUUUUCUCAAUGGUUUCGGCUACAUCGAGAAAGGUGAGGAUCCUAAUAAAGUCUUCCUCAUGUACCAAUGCCGCGGGGACUCUUACGGAUCCAAGUGUCGCUCCUGCGUAGACGCUGGUGUCUCUGAGCUUCGUAGGAGAUGUCCAAGAAAUAAGGGGGCAAUAAUAUGGUAUGACCAAUGUCUUGUUGAGAUAACUACCAUCAACUCCUUUAACAAGAUUGAUUAUGAGAACGAUUUCUAUUUGUCCAACCCGAACAACGUGAGCGAUAAGGAGUUGUUCAACAAGGAGAUGUCAGCUCUCUUGGUGGAGCUAACAGAUAAAGCCACCGAUAAAAAUAACAUGAAAAACAAUAAGUUUGUGCUUUACGCGGCAGGGGAUAAGAGAAUUGGAACGAAGACGGUGUAUGCAAUGGUGCAGUGCACGAAAGACUUAGUGACUACAUCUUGCGCUGCGUGUUUCGAAUGGAUUUUCAAGAUGUUUUCAGAGUGCUGUGAUGGUAAGCGAGGAGGGAGAGUUUUGGGUACGAGUUGUAACUUUAGGUAUGAGUUAUACCCUUUUCUUAGAAAUUAA